CGUAGACCAGUGGCAAAGAAAUACAUCAACAAUCAGACUGUUGUACUACAUGCCUGGCAUCUUUACAGGAGCGGUGCCUUGACUUUGCCUCGUUUUUUAUCCUGUGCAAACCACUUUUUAUUAGUUUUCAAUAAUAAGAUUCUUUUCCAAACAGAGGAGCAAGUCAAUUCGUUCAUGAUCACAACAGGGCACAAUAUUGAUGAGCCAGUGAUGGGCCUCAAUAUUGAGGAGAUCAGAAUCGAAGGUGCCGUAUUGGACGAUUUGUGGAUCCCUCCGAUUAUCCGAGAAUUUGCUCAAGGGGAGGACAUCACAAUUGAUGUUUUGGAAAAUAUCGACCAAUCCAGAUGCCGAUAUUGUGGCCAUUCCAUUGUGGACAUGAUAUCGCUCCCAUGUAGGCACUGGUUCGCAUGUCAGAAUUGCGUCCAGCGAUGCGUGAAUGCGGCAGAAACCCAUCAACUGAACUUAAUUUGCCACACCUGCGAAACACAAAUUGUUGUAAUUAAAAUGAUGCAGAUAUCAUAA